AUGCGACAAGAACAGUCAAUUCAAGUUGCGUUUGUAAAGCCGGAUAAUAAAGCUAAGCUUCAACACAAAAUUCGUUUAAAGGCUUCAAUUGAGGUGGUGAGACUCCUCUUGAAUCAAGGAUUGGCAUUUCGUGGACAUCGUGAAGAUGAAUCAUCAUUAAACAAGGGUAACUUUCUUGAAAUUCUUUCAUGGUAUGCAAAGCGGUGUGAUAAAAUUAGUGAUCUUGUGUUGAAGAAGGCUCCAAAAAACAAUCAGUUGACUUCUCAUAAAAUUCAAAAAGAUAUUAACACCGCAUGUAAGUUGGAAACAAUUAAAGCUAUUAUGGAGGACCUAAAUGGUGACUAUUUCUCACUGCUAGUUGACGAAUCUUGUGAUGUGUCACGUAAGGAGCAAAUGGCAAUUGUUUUGCGAUAUGUUGAUAGAUGGGGAUCCGUGGUGGAACGCUUUAUUGGGAUUGUUCAUGUUCGUAAUACUAGUGCUCUAUGUUUAAAAGAAGCAAUUGUUAACUACCUUGCUCAACAUUCUUCGAGUUUAUCUAAUAUACAUGGACAAUGCUAUGAUGGAGCAAGCAAUAUGCAAGGGCGUCUAAGUGGCCUUAAAAUUUUGAUUCAACAGGAAAGUAGAUCAGCUCAUGCGAUUCAUUGUUUUGCUCAUCAACUUCAAUUGACUCUGGUCGUGGUAUCUAAAAAAAUGUCUUCCGGUUGGAGAACUUGUAUUGUUGGUUUCUAA